UUACAUAGUUAUGUCGUGGCUGAAUAACAUCAGUAUAUGUUGUAAUUAGGACCAUGUCUAUUAGUACAGUUUCAGGGGUGGGUUUAAUUCGUGGAACGUUCCAACAGGAAUCUGUUCCAAUAACUUCGUAAAUAAUAAGGUUGCCAACAAACAACGCGUACAAAGUUGUAUAGCAACAUAAUAAAAUACAGGGUAGGGAGUGAGCUAUUUUAUUAUGUUUUUCACUCAUGUUUAUUCCGAAAAAUGUCUACUCUGGUAGGCUAUUGACAAACAUUCAAAAUAAAUUACAUGGUGAGUUGAUGCCUAUUCGGCAGCUAGUUAGCUAGGUGGCUUGAUCGUGUUACUUUGUAUGUGUCGUUUGUUGGCAACCUUGUACUUCAAAGGUUUUGGAACAGAUUCCUGUUGGAACGUUCCACAAAUUAUACCCAUCCCAGUUUCAGGUCGCUUAAUGUAACUUGUUUUCGAUGUGGCACAUCGGCAAAGGACAGAUAGUCCCGUAUUGGUAAAAUGUUCUCGUGGUUGCUCUCAAAACAGUAAUAGGUGUUUGCGCUGUCCAUACAAUGUUAUCUUCCUAAAUUAAUUAUGUUGCCUAAAUAUUCUGCACUUGUCCAUCCCCAUAUAAUUGAGUUGUAGUUUCAUAAAUAGGCCUACUGCUGUCAUGUUUUCCCGCUGUCUAAAUAACUCGAAUUCUAUCCAGGGGGCCCAUGGUAAUACAUUUCAACAAUUAAGUGGUACCAUUUCAAUGAGAGGCAGUACAUUGCUUGUUUGUAAAUAAUAUAUGCUCAGUUCUUCUGUUUUAUGAAUGUUUUCUAGUUGUUUUGAUGGUCAUACUUCCCUGGAUCACCUGAAGACUGCUCUUAAAAGCAUGGAAACGUUGUCCAGUCACAGUGCUUACCUUCUCCAGCAGUUACAGGAGCAGAGGAUACAGGGGCUACUCUGUGACUGCAUGCUAGUAGUCAAAGGAGUAUGCUUCAAAGCCCACAAAAAUGUACUUGCUGCAUUUAGCUCCUAUUUCAGCAGGUCUUUGUUCCAAAAUUCGCCAAGUCAAAAAAAUGAUGUUUUUCAACUGGUCAUUCAGGAUGUGGGAGGUAUAGGCCAGAUACUGGACUACAUGUACACUUCCCAUCUAGAUGUCAACCAGGACAAUGUACAAGCACUGUUGGACAUCGCCCAGUGCUUACAGGUCCCAAAUGUACAGAGCAUGUGCAACACUUUCCUGAAACCCAGCGCUCCUGCUGUGGAGGCCCCUUCUUUCUCAUUGUCUGGUGUCUUGACCUCGGAACACGACUACCUCCUCGGGACUGGCCUUGCCCAAGACGUGGACCUUCCUUGCCCUUCUUCGGUAGGCCAGAGGUCUGCCUUUGGCAGUGGGGCACCAAUGUCUCAUGGUGGGAACGCUACCUCUGAGACUACAGCCAUUACCCAGCCAGUCCCAGAGAAGCAGCUAGUACACGGCUACAAGCUACGCAACUUCUACAGCAAGCAGUACUUCAAGCAGAGUGCUGCUGCUGAGACUAGCAAUGCAGCAUUAAACCAAGGCCCAAGUCCCCUGGUGCUGGUUGAAGAGCAGCAGUUCCAAUUUGGGGUCACACAACCAUGCGCAAAUGCCCCUGUAUGUUCAGGCAAUGCGAUUCAGUCAAACCCACCCUGUCCCCAGGCUAUACCAGCUGAGAAGGAGUUUGGUUCAACGUUGCCUGCUGAAGACUUGUCAACCACAGCCAACCCAGGAGGAAAAGUCUCUCCUGUCAACAAGCCCAUGCGGCCAAAGAAAGCCGUCUACCUGAAGAAAUACAACUACCUACGCCCUCAGAAGGCUCUAGAAGAGAUGUGCCUGGAACAGAGCAGCGAACCAGUCAACCACUGCCCAAAGGAGACUCACCAAGAGGAGGUAGUGGUCCAGAGUGAGACACCUGAAGCUCCCGUAGACUGCCUACCUCCCAUAGACUGCCUACCUCCCAUAGACUGCCUACCUCCCAUAGACUGCCUGGCCAGAGACAGGGAAGUGGUGUUGGAGACCGCAAUGGAUUCUCAACUUCCAAGUCCACCUCCUGUUGACCAAGAGGAGGAACCGGACCCACCAACCAUCAGUGAUCCAACAGAACCAACUGGGCAUAAGGUGCAGUACUGCUGUGAGAUGUGCGGGAAGACCUUUAAACACCCAAGCAACCUGGAACUUCACAAGCGCUCACACACUGUUUUUUUUCUCACAGGGGAGAAACCAUUCCAGUGUAAUGUUUGCAGGAAAAACUUUUCACAGGCGGGUAAUUUGCAGACCCAUUUACGACGCCAUUCUGGAGAAAAACCUUACAUUUGUGAACUCUGUGGGAAAAGCUUUGCUGCCUCGGGGGAUGUUCAGCGUCACAUUGUGAUCCACACGGGAGAGCGGCCACACCUGUGUGACAUAUGUGGACGCGGGUUCAGUAACAUCAGCAACCUGAAGGAGCACAAGAAGACUCACACUACAGACAGAGAGUUCACCUGUGACCAGUGUGGCAAGUCCUUCAACAUGCACAGGAAACUGCUGAAGCACAAGAUCAGACACUCUGGGGAGAAACCUCACACCUGCCAGACCUGUGGGAAGAGCUUUGCAGGGUCGGGCGACCUGCGUCGCCACGUGAGAACGCACACGGGGGAGAGACCCUACCUCUGCAACACCUGCGGCAAGAGCUUCACCCGCUCGGCUGUCCUUAGGAGACACUGCAGCAUGCACUGCAAGGCCACGCCUGACGACUCCAGCCCUGACGUAGAGGACCCAGAGCAGCCUGGCAGUAGCAGUACUGACGGAGGAGGAGGAGGCCCAUUCCACAAGCCUGUCAGCCACAGUAAAGCACCUGAGCCCAGGCAACCACCACCAACCUCCAAUACUGUGAUGGAGCUCGAUAAGCCUUCGCCCCCACCAGCACAUACUGAAGCCCCGUCGACUAGCAUCCACCUCAUUCCGUCUACCUCAACGUCCUUCCCCGAGCUGCGCUCCAUCGUGCCCCAGCACCUCCCCUCCGCCCCCUCCCAGCAGCAGGAGAAGUGCCCUCUAGCAGACUCCCUGAAACUGGGCAAAGCUCACCUACCUCAAGAGGCCCUUGUGUUUGGCCCCUAUGUGGAGAAUGGGCCGGUGGGUGUGGAGAUACAACAGCAGGGGUCUGGGGCCUCGGUGGUGGCCCGGCCGUACCUCUCAGCCCCAGACAGUUACUGUGGGGCCCUCCCAGGGGCUAGCCGCCCCAGUGGUACCCCCUACAGGGCAAGUGAGGGACCCUUCUUUUCCAGUGUAACACUAUGGGGGCUGGCCAUGAAAACACUGCAGAAUGACAAUGACCUGGAGCAGUGAAAACUGGAGCAAGUAGUGCGUCUAAUGUGGCUUCCUUUCCUCAUCUUUUGUCAGCACUGAUUUGAAGACACACAUGAUGAUCCCUACUGUUGAUCAUCAUUUGUCUGUUCAUUUCUUUCACAUCAUUGUAGAUGACGGGAAGGAGAUGAGGAAAGGAGGUCACUAGUCUAUUCAGAACUAGCCAUAGAGUUCCCUUAUGAUGGAAGACUGAUUAGCACUAUGAUAUUAUCUAACUUCAAUGAAUAGAAUGUAACACUCAGGUUUUUCCUUUUAUAGGAUAUUGUUAUUAAGAUGGCAAAAAAUGUAUAUUCUUUCUGGAUAAGUAUGCACUGUUUUGAAAUAAAAUAUGCCAAAAAUAUA